CUUCACUUUAUUCUCCCUCCUACCUUCCGAAUCUCGAUGCAUUGCUCACACCUAGAUAUAAACGCAUACCAUUUCAUCCGUGUCUCAACCAUCUUUCACCCGUGUCAUCAUAGUACGGCAUAUGCCGAUAGGCAACUCUAAAAUGAAACCAUCCAUCCACAGCUCUAUCGUCCACUAUGACUACCUUCCACUUGGUUCACGAGUAUCCACCCAAUUCGUUCGGAUAUCUGGGACCAGUUCGAGAUGAUAUUAUCCCCAACAAACUGCUAUCCGCCUCAUCAAAUCGCAUCCCACGUUUCGACAGUGCACCUCGUUUGAUGUAAGGGAGCCUGAAAUUUACGAGGUGAACGUGUGGUGCCUGGUUCGCCUGUGUUUCAUCUCGAGCUUUGCAGUGGUUGGAAGGGGUGACGACGCGACGGAGGUUGGAAGAUGUUCCCAAAAACCGCUUGGACUCAGACAAGGUCCUAUUAACAUUCGAGCAGGCAACGUGAGCUCAUGGUGGUUUUCAGCGUUAGCAUGUCUCUUCACGUCGAGGAGUCCGGAUCCUCCUUCAGCCAGUUGGAAUGGAUGGCACACCCAUGGGAUUCGCGGAAAGGGCUUUACGAUUAUGGCAGCGCCUUUGUCACUGCUCGCUUGGGCAGUGAGGAGGUUUUUCGGGCGCUUUCUUUGUACCAGAUGCCGAAUGAGGACUACGUUCAGUUGCAAAAGCUGCGAAGCGCCUCCUCCAAAUUCCGUACACCUUGUUCGAUGGACGAUCCAAUCCCUAUCACUUUGUCCAUGGUGGUUGCGUUGAGGCAACUUCUGAAGACCCUGUACGACAGCUACUUCCCACCUGGCUUGGCUACUAACAAUCUGCAGCAUUACAACCAAGCAUCUUAA